AUCUAUACUAAGUUGAAGUAAGUUGAGAGUGGUUGAGAGUUCGUACGAAUUUCUCUUUCUAUAGGAUUUACAUCGUAACCAUAAUUAAUUUAAUAACGUUGAUCUGUAUUAAAAAAUUACAUUAUAAUAAUUUCCUAAUGAGAACACUAUAAUUUAAAUACGAUAAAACAAAUCCAAGAAAUCUUAUUUGAUUGAAUUACUUUGCAACAGUCAAGUUAUUUUAUAGGUUAUAGGUUUUCACUGUAACAAUACUAAUUAUAAUAGUAACAACAAUACAAUAUUUAAAAAAUGUUGCCUAUACGUCUCGUUUCGAAGAACAUUAGAACUCAAAUUAAAUUACCAUAUCAGUGGUUAAGUUUUCAAUUUAAUACUAUUAGAUUAAGUUCCAAUUCAUCAUCGGAUUCAUCAGAUUCAUCUGAUUCUGAUACGGACAUUCAAAAUAAAAAAAAACAACAAAUCAAGGAAUCUACUAAAAAUGUGCAGGGUACAAGAGAAGUUGAUAACAAUGAUGACUUAAACAAACUUAUGGAUAGCUUAAUAAAUAACAAACCUUCAAGCACUGUAGACAUUAAAUUAAAGUUAAAAGAUAGAAAACACAAACUAGAGAAACAGGUACUCAAAGCAGCUUCAUUAUUGACUACAGCAGUUGGUGGAGAUAGAGACCAAAUUGUUUCAACAUUAUUGCAAGGUCUUUCUAAGAUUGAAAAAGAAAGUAGUUCUAGCAAUGCCAAAGAAGGUAGCUCUAACAUUCCCAAAGAAGGAAGUUCUAACAAUGUCAAAGAAACUCAAUCUAAUAUUAAAAACAAAAGACAACCUUUUUACACAAAGGGUGCAGAUAAUUUUUGGUUUAUAAAAGAAAGAUCUAAGAAUAUUCAAGAAUUAAUAGAUCAAGUUGAAUCACAAAACAAACAGAAAAAAUCAUUGAGGAACCAUAAACAACAAUAUACGAGGAAACUGAGUGAUACAUAUAGAAGUAGUGAUGAAUAUAGAGUAACGAAGAUGUAUGCAAAUGAUUACAAAACCACAGAGAUGAGAAAUGUUGAAAUGCAAAAUAAACAAAAGGUAGAAACAAAACAAACACAGCAAAAUCAAUCUGUAACUGCGACCCUACUAAAUAAACAUAAAUCAGCAGAGAAACAUCACAGUUUUAGUAUUAAAAGGGGAAAGUUUAAUUUCCCCUUACUCUUUCAAAAAACAAAUAUACCAUCCCCGAGUAAUUGUGAACUUGAAACAUGGGAUGCAUGCCAAGCAUAUGAAAUUAAAGUAUUAGGAACUCUUUAUCCUGAAAAUGCAUUUCAAGAAAUGAUUCAAUGGACUGAAGAAGGAAAAAUAUGGAAGUUUCCUAUUGACAAUGAACAAGGAAUGGAAGAGGAACAAAAUGUACAUUUCUCAGAACAUGUAUUUUUGGAACGUCAUGUAACAGAUUGGUGCCCUGCCAAAGGUCCAAUACGACAUUUUAUGGAAUUAGUAUGCAUUGGACUUUCGAAAAAUCCAUAUAUGACAGCUCAAGAAAAAUAUGAACAUAUAAUGUGGUAUAAAAACUAUUUUGAAGAUAAAAAUGAUUUAUUGGAGAAAUUAGGAAUUGGGAAAAUUGUUUCGUCUACUACAGAAAUGCAGAUUGAGGCAAAGUAAUCGUAUUAACUUGUUUUGUUAGGUUGCAAUACAUAACUGUAAUAUAAUAAAGAAGUUUGUACAUCUGUCCC